UGGAGGGAAUAUGCUCAGAUCAGACAUGAAUUAAUGAAAAUAUGACUGCUUCACACAGACUGCCGGAGAGAUGUCUGGCACAGGUACACCGGCUGCUGCUGCUUCCCAGCAUUUCCGGUUCAGGGUAACCUGACAGGUGCUACGUGCGGCUCGGUCCACAUCAGGAUCAGCGCGUGGUGUGUCUGCGUGUCUGCGCCUAAGAAAUGCCAUCUCGCCUAAGUGAUCUUGUGACUGUGAAGCCGCGAGAACAGGAUGAAAAUAAUCCGUCUGGUGUUGGUUCGUCCUUUCACCGCCUCGCAAAUUUCACCCCUAAUUAGAAGAGCGGGAACCGCGUUGAAAAUCUGCAGAUCAAACAAUGGAAAGACCAUCAGUGCAUCGACAUAAAGGAUAGAUGAUCGAAACCAGAGCACCUGGAGGGGAAACCAUGGUCAUCACUGAUAGAAACACCGGCACCCCUGUGCCUAAAAAGGAGCCCCAGAAGAAGAGGAAGUCUCGCCCUCAUGGCCUACCCUCUCCAGCACUCUGCUGUGCCUGUGGCCUAUGCAUCAUGCUGGCUGGACUCAACAUCACCCUGGUGGGAGCAUUCGCCUUCAGCACACUGAUGCCUUCUGCCAACCCCCCAAUCAUCAUCGGACCUAUCCUGUUGCUGGUGGCCUUUUCUUUUUUCGGAGCCUGUUGUGUGUGCAGCCGCCUCCCGCCUCCACACAGCUCACGCAGGUCUAAGGUUGGUGGCAGAGGGGCUGGUUUGAUGGGACACGGUGGGCUAGCUGGCGGGGCAGCGUUUGAAAUAGAAACCAGUGAGCACACGCUCCAGGACACAACAGCUGUGCAGCUGAGCCCCACAUCGUCCCCUGCAUCAUCCCGGGCCUCUAGCCCAGAAGAGGAGGCUCCUGAUGCAGCCCUGCCGGGACCUUGCAAGCUCUUCACCAUGGAGACAAACGGCCCAUCUUGUGUUUCUGCCACCGCAGUCUACUCAGCCUCCACAGCAGCAGGAGGGGAAGUGAAGCUCAACCUGCCACGUGAAGAUGUAGUCACCUAGCCGGGCAGAAACUUUUCCAAGGCUGGAGCAAUUACAUGCCAACAUUGUAAAUAUCCUUGUGGGCUGAGGGCUUGCUGGGUGUGAUUGUAUUCUCUAGUUUACAAACUGCCAUAUUUCUGGUUGUGACAAGCUGUCAAGAGUAUGCUUUUGUUUUGUUUUCUAUCUUUUUUUUUUUUUGAUGUGCCAACUGGUAAAUAGCAUGCAAGUAUUUGUGGAUCACAGGUUUUGGAAUUCAAAUUCCUACCUCUCUCGUGCCGUUUUCUUACAGGUCUUUUUAACGUGGGGCAUUAUGAACUGUAGAACUCAAAGUGUCUGAAACCUUAAACAUUUAUUUUUAACUCUCGCUUUGAUUAAUGGAAACCUCAACUCUCAGCAGUGAUUUUAGAGGGCUAAAUAAAAAAAAAUAAAUGUUUUUAUUUCUUCUGAAAACUUUAAAGAUUACAUGUGAAAGGUCAGUAGCUAAACUGGACAGAUACGUAUUUAAUGACAUUUGGCAUUUUGUGUGCAAUGCUCAGUGCUGAACUUGUUUUGGGGGCAUAACCUAUUAUAGGUCAUACAUGUCCCAAAGCAAUAUUCCCUCAAAAUUCUCAGCACAAGAAAGGGAUUGCACCACAAUAACCAAUGUGUUUGCAGUAUAUUUACAUGUGACUAUGAAUAGUGUUGU